GCAUUUCAAAACACCACCACCACCACCAUUUCUCACACACACUCACUUGUGUUGUGUGUGUAUUUUCAAGUGAACUUCUUUUACUACUAAAAAAGAAAAGAUUAUGUAUAAAGUGUCCCACUCAUUCUUGUAAUUAUUAUUAAGAAGCUCUUCAAAAAGAAAGAUUUGAAAGAAGGAUAAUGAUGAAAAAUAUGGUGUUCUUGUGCAGCUGAUUCUGGGAAAUUUUUCAUUUUUUCAAGAUUUUUUUCUUGGAUGUCAAAAUGGAAGCUUUUGAGGCUGCAAAAAUUGUGUACAAUAGAAUACUAGAAACAGAAUCAGAAACCAACACCCGAAAAGUAAUCGGUUACAUAUACUUAUCAGACCAUGCUGACCGAGAAAUGAUUCGACUAGCUUUUGGCCCGGAUAACUUAAUCAAACACAUGAUACAAAAAGCCAAAACCGAUCUCAAUUUAAACCCGAAACCUGUCCCUUUGCCUCCUAUCUCACCAACACUUCAACCCGGGCCCGUAUUUCAUUCACACACACCCUUUUCGGCCCCUUCUGCUUUGCAAAUCCCACCACCAAUGCCCUCACACUAUCAAGAUCAUGAUCAUUUCACGGGUUUAACCGACGAGUUCGAAUCGUUCAACUGUUACUCCCCGGAUGGUAAUUUUAGCGUUAGAGGACGAAGAGAUGGAAACCCGAUAAAGAUUUGCCAUUAUUACAAUAAAGGGUAUUGUAAACAUGGCGGUAAUUGUAAAUUCUUUCACGGGCAAUCGAUGUCUGAUUAUAAUUCGAAUGAGUUUUUUGAUGAUCAAGCUGCGUUUUCACCCGGUUCGCUUGAAAAACUCGAGCUUGAAAUAACUGAAAUUUUGAAGUCGAGAAGGGGUAAUCCGAUCUCGAUUGCUUCGUUGCCGAUGAUUUAUUAUGAACGAUACGGUAGGACUCUUCAAGCUGAAGGGUAUUUGACCGAAAGUCAAAGGCAUGGUAAGGCGGGUUAUAGUUUAACUAAACUUCUUGCACGUUUGAAAAACAGUAUUCGGCUUAUCGACAGUUGCAGACCUCAUGGGCAGCAUGCAGUAGUUUUGGCGGAUGAUGCAUCAAGGUACAUGGAAAACCGCUAUGAUCGUAACUUUCCGAGUCCAGGCCCGAUUGUUAGCGGGUCAAAGCAAAUUUAUUUGACUUUUCCAGCCGAAAGCACCUUCACCGAAGAUGACGUUGCCAACUACUUCAGUAACUUUGGCCCGGUUCAUGAUGUGAGAAUUCCUUGUCAACAAAAACGGAUGUUUGGAUUUGUAACGUUUCAGAAUUCUGAAACGGUGCAAAUGGUUUUGUCAAAAGGGAACCCGCAUUAUGUUUGUGGGGCGCGUGUUCUUGUAAAACCGUAUAGAGAAAAACUGAAACUAUUUGACAGAAAAUACUUUGAGAAGUUUGAGGCUCCAAUGUGUUACCAUUCACACCAUGUGGAAAUGGAUCAUGAUCCACAUGCUAGGUUGGAGCCAUCUAGAUUGUUCGGUAGACAAGUAGUAGAAGAACAUGAACUAGCGGCGCAGCUAGAGAUGAUGCGCCUUUCGCAACUUCACUUGGCACGAGGACCUUCAUACAAUGAAUACACAUAUGACUAUCAAAACGAAGAUCAUGCCCAAGAUGACUCCAAGUUUCAAUCUCCGAAACUUACCGCACAUCUUUUAGAUCAAGAAGACACUGAGUACAACGAUCAAGAGUACGAAAGCAAUCAAGGUCUGAAUCUUCCGGAUAGCCCAUUCGCGUGCAACAAAGGCUAUAACAAGCAAAUGUAGUUGAAGUAGCAAUAAAUAGCAAAGCAUUUUAAAGUGAAGUGAGAGGUAAAUAAUAGAGAAUGGAAGGAAAAGAAAAGAAGACUAAAUAGAAAGUGUAAGGAGGUUUUUUUAUAGUUUUGAAUUUUUGGCAGUCAAGGCAACAAGUAUAGUUUUGGUUGGUUACAUGAAGUCAUGAUCAAGAAGAUUAGAUGAGAUUGAAAUGUGUUAUUAUCUGAUGCUAACUUCAAUGGUAGAUAAAGACUUUAAACACAAAAGAACUAUUAAUAUAGUUGCGUUUAAUUCCCUAUUUUCUGUAUUGGUAUAUUUAAAACUUACCUUAUGUUAUAUCUGAUUAUGUUUAUAA